GAGUUUAGUUGUGAAUAAUUUGUACAAUUGAACUAUUGUGACAAAUAUAAGUAGACUUAGAAUAUCUAUAAGUUAAUAUGUCCAUAUAAUGUAAAUGGCAAUUAUUUUUCCUUAAAGUUUAACUUCUUACUGUAUAAAAAAGCAUUGCUCGCCAAAAAGAAAUCAACAUCAAGAAUUAUAUUGCUGGCGCAGAUUUUCCAGCUCUGUUGUUCUUAAUAUUAAUGUAUUUGCUGAGUUUGCAUUUUAUAAAAUUUUAAUUAUGGUGCUCAAAGAGAAUAAAAUAAAUGGGCCACCAGUUGUAAAGUGGAUUGGAAGUCAUACUGACACGGUAGUAGAUGUGCCUAGGUUGGUACAUAAAGAAGUAAAUUUUUAUCAAAAGUGUAUCUUUGGCGAUUUAACACUUUCUUUGGGCGAUUUUGUUCUUGUGUCGAAUGCUGAUGCUGCUGAGCCGGAUACAGUGGAAGGCUGCGACAUCGGCAAGAUAUUACACUUAUACGAAUUAUGUGUUUCUGUCGAUCGCGAUCCGUAUCGCGCAAUCGUACAGUGGUACUCUCGACCUGAAUGUGUGCCUCACAAGGAGUUUGAUCGCGAUGAUAUUUGUAUUGAUUUCGACACAGAAUUGAUUGAAGAAUAUCGACCAUAUGAUUCUGAUAUUUCUCUUGAGACCAUUUUUCGAAAAUGUGUUGUUUUACUUGGUAGAUCUGAUGAAUCUGCGAGUGCCAUUUUACACCAAUAUAACGUUAAGCGCAACACCUAUCCAAUGUUUGUCUGCAGAUAUAAAUUUAUUAAGGAUAAAAACUCCUACAAACUUGUGCCAUUAGAAUGGAAUACCAAUAUUCAAACUGCUCCGACGGAGAGUGCGAUAAAAAGCCGCGGUAAAAAAAAGAACUGCACAGAGGAAUCGCCAAGUAUAAGUGCUAAGGAAAAGAAGACACCACGUGUUUCUAGGAGUGCAUCAACACGUAAAGAUAAGGUAGAUGGUAAUGUAGCAGUAAGAAAACGUCGUGCCUCUAUGGCUACUGUAACCGCAUUAGAGUUCAUUGAUUGUAAUGUUCUCCAACGUGAAGACAAAGUGUCUCCUAUUAAAAUAAUUGGUGGCAGAAAUGUUAUUCGUUUGUCGGCGAAAAAGAAAAUAUCGACACCGAAUGAUGAAAUGGGUUGCCGCGUACCCACAUCACCACUCACAGAACGCAACAGAGGAGAUGUCACUCCAACAACCCGUAUCACAGCCGCUCGUCGUAAUUUGAAUUUAAGUUUGGAUACUGGUGCUGAUAGCAGUGUGGAUUCAGACUGCUUAAAUUAUUCUAUCGUAAAAACUCCUGCUGCGGCGCAAGUGCCAACUAACAUGAAAAUAAAGCUCAGAUUAUCCGCCAAACAACGCACAACCAAACUGGCUGCCAUGGAUGAACAGUUCAAUGAUCCACUUUCGAUGAAUGUGGAAAUUGAGGGUGUAAUUAAAAAUACACCAGAGGAGAUUUAUUCCACUCCAACUAAAAAAUCUAAAAGAAUUACCGAAGAGACUGAAAUGACACCAACAACAACAGCAACGCGUCGUAAGAGUAUACUUAAAUCAGCAGUAAGACGCACAGGUGACAGCACACCAAAGCGGAGUAUUCAAUUGUCGGACGUUGUCGAAAAACGCGUCUUCAACAAUGAGGAUUCGAUUUCCACACCAAAACGUAAACCAAAGGGCGAUGAUAACGAUAUCAAACGAUCGGCCAUAAAAAAUGCGGCAAUCAUCCGUCGCCGCAAUUCCACAACAGCGGUGGCCGGUGCAAUGACACCAUCACAAAAACUUAAAAUGAUCCGUAGCGGUGAAUUGUCACCAACAAUUGAAAGAAGGCCUGCUUCCGUUAUUUCAACUGCAGCACAAGCAAAAAAAUCAGAUCUACAAAUGGCACGCGAGCGGUUGCACGUGUCGGUGGUACCACAAAGUCUGCCAUGUCGUGAAAAAGAAUUCGACAAUAUUUACUCAUUUUUAGAAGGUAAAAUUGAGGAUGAAUGUGGCGGGUGUAUGUAUGUAUCGGGAGUACCGGGUACGGGCAAAACAGCAACCGUUACCGGUGUCAUACGUAUGCUGCAACGUAAACAAGCGAAUGAUGAAUUACCAACAUUUGAGUUUGUCGAAAUUAACGGUAUGCGUUUAACUGAACCACGUCAGGCGUAUGUACAAAUUUACAAACAAUUAACGGGCAAAACUGUUUCGUGGGAACAAGCGCAUUCGCUGCUGGAAAAACGUUUCACAACACCGGCACCACGGCGCGUUACAACAGUGCUGCUGGUUGAUGAAUUGGAUAUUUUGUGUAAUCGGCGACAAGAUGUUGUAUAUAAUUUGUUGGAUUGGCCCACAAAGUCUGCAGCACAUUUGGUGGUGAUAACUAUAGCCAAUACAAUGGAUUUGCCAGAGCGCUUGCUAAUGGGCAAAGUUACUUCACGCCUGGGGCUAACACGUCUCACCUUCCAACCAUAUACGCAUAAACAAUUGCAUGAAAUCGUUACAAUGCGCUUAAGCGGCUCUGAAGCCUUUAAAAGUGAUGCUGUACAACUUGUAGCACGUAAGGUGGCUGCAGUUUCCGGCGAUGCUCGUCGUGCCUUAGAUAUAUGUCGACGUGCGACAGAAAUUGCCGAAUCCGCUAUACUUCCCAAAGAUAGUGACAACAUAAUGCCUAUGCACAAGUUUGUCGGUAUAGCACAUGUGCAACAGGCACUCUCUGAAAUGAUAGCUAGCGCUAAAGUGCAAGCAAUAAAAAAUUGUUCUUGCUUAGAACAAAUAUUUCUACAAGCUGUGCUUGCGGAGGUGACUCGAACUGGUGUGGAGGAAACUUCAUUUAUGUGCGUCUACUCACAGGUGGAAAGUCUGGCAGCCUUUGAGGGCAUCAACAUGCCUACAACGGGUAAUUGUUUACGCAUUUGCUCAAAAUUGUGCGCCGAACGUUUGCUUAUUGCCGAAUGUGGGCGUAAUGAUAUUUUUCAAAAAAUCCUACUCAACGUUAGUGUCGAUGAUAUACAUUAUGCAUUACGCGUGAAUGGCAUUUAACUAACGCUAGUGUUUUAAACAAAUUACAUACACUCAUUUUUUGUUUUUGUUUUUGUAAAUUCAAUCAUUAUUAUUAUUUUAUAAUUCAACAAAGGCAACUUUUAUUUUUGAUCGAAUAUGUACAAGUUAAUUGUUGUCAUUAAAUAUGUAAAGAAAAGUACAAUUACUCGGUAAUAUUCAUACAACGCUUUUGGCGCAAAUACUGAAUAAAUAAACAGAUGGUAACGAAAGAAUAACAAUAACCAUAAAUAAAUUAAAACCGGUACAAAUAUGCUUAAUGUGUAGAAAUAAAUAAUGAAAUUAAUAUGCUCAUUUGCAGACAAAUCAUUUGUUUUGUUGUUAUCGUUUUCUUGCAAAAUAUGCGUAAUUAAGUAUAAAAAUGCAAUAAACUGUGCGGAAUACAUAUUUAAAGUGACAAGAAUACCUACAAUUAUUGGAUUAUAUGUAGUUUGUCCAAUGUAGCCUGGAUUUAGGUCGAUCGUGGCAAAACUGUUUGAAUUACCCUACAAAUUAAUAUAAAUAAAUAAAUUGUUAAAUGUUUUUAAA